UUAGGAUACUCGGCUCUCACCCGAGGACCCGGGUUCGAUUCCCGGCAACGGAAAACCUUAUUUUAUAGCCAUGUCUUUUCCUGCUGUCUAAUCACAGGCAUUGGCGGGAAGGAGAAAGGGCGCACUGUUUUCUUUCCCUUUUUAAAAACUCGCACGAGAGCUCACUAUCUCUAGGUUUUCCAGUUGCCGAACAGAAUCCCAGCGAAAAUGGAGAAGCAGAGCAGAGGGAGAGGAAUCGAGGAGAAUACAAUGGCGAUUCUCGACACCUCCGGCUUCAACAGGGACUCUCACCACCGCAACGACGACCGGCUUGCUUUUCUGGAAGCUGUCCGCUCCGCUUCUCUAGUUCCCGAUGAUGGAAUUGCUCCUACCAAAACAAUGCUUGGAGCAAUUUUUCAAAUUCUCAAGGAUGAGAGUACAUUGGAACUUGUAGUAGCAAGCUAUCAACUUUUAAAUGAGUUGGAUAAGCGUUUUCCUCGGGUGUACCUGCCCGAGAUUGAGAAGUCAGAAUCAUCUUCACCAACUGACCUAGUUGUGGUUGAAGAGGCUUGGUCUCCAUUUAGUUUUGGGUUGGAUAGUGAAAAGGAUGAAUCAAAUAAAGACUCAGGAAGAUCGAUUAAACCCUUGGGAUUCCAUUAUCUUGUGCAAGACCUUGGUGAAGUGGUCAAGGAGGGGAAACCUAAGGCAACAGAAAUUAAGACAUUGAGGAACAUGUUGCUACUUCAGUAUCUUGUAAAUGUUCUUGAAAGAGAUACUUUACCUCGUAUCCAUUCAUACAAAGAAAAUAUGAACUGGAAUCUUAUACGGGAGUCAUUGCUUAACAUGCUUCUGGGAUCAAGAAAAAUAAUCUACAAAAGCUUAAUCAAGGACUGCCUGUCUGCUAUGUGCUAUAUGUAUCAUGAAAUGAGCCAGACUCAAAAUUUUUCAGUGGAGCUAUCUGCAAAUUGCAAUACUGCUGUGGUUAUGGCAUUACCUGAAGUUAAAAGUUGUGCAUGUGUUUCCCUUAAGAAGCUCCUAUUAUUGAUAAUUGAGCUUGAUUCUGCAAGGAACUCAGCAGAUUUACAAGGCUUGACCAAUAGAGCCGAUGGUGUGAGAACUCCUGUUUCGGAGAUUAUUCUGGACGAAAUCACUUAUAAUAGUGAUAUUCUCUCCUCAUUUUUUCAGAUAUUUGAUGAACCAAAACAGAAGCUGAAAUUAAUUGUGCAAUAUCUCCAGAAGUACAUCCCCAAGUCUUCUGUUCGCACGAGAAGGUCUAAUGGUUCAGCAAAUGAUGCAACAUUUGAGAGCAUUUUGAAGUGUUUCUCAAAUGCAAAUAGCACAAAGAGCAUUAUAAAGAAAAUCAGUGGAGAUGUCGCUCAGUUGCUUUUAGGACAUGCGUUUCAGGCUUACUUAUCAAUGUGCGAUACUGACUCUGAGGAAGGUGUCAAAAGCUGCUCUCUUCCAGAAGUCUGCCAGAACAUAAUUACUGCUUUCACUUGUAUUAAAAGAGAAGACAAGCAAACAGAACUUUCAGUUUUUAGUAAGGAAACACUAUUUGCAGCAGCAACCAUCCUCUCAUUGAAGUCGUAGGAACACGAGAUUCAGCUGUUACAUUUUGGUAAGAUUGUGUACAUUAGGACGAACAAAGUCAUGACUGGCUACAAUCUGCAGAGAUUCGGUUUUUGGUAAGGAAGCACAAUUUACAGCAGCCACCGCCCUCUUUUUGAUGUCGUAGGAGCACAAGACGCAGCUGUUACUUUUUGGUGAUAUUGUGCACGUUAUGACCCGUGAAGUCAUGCAUGACUGGCCACAAUCUGCAGAGAACAAGAACAUGGUACUCCAUGCCCAUGGAGUUGCUUUUAUGUCUUGCUAAAAUCUGCUUUUACUCUCCUCUAGGCUCUAGUCCUCUAAGCCAUUGCUUCUGGCUAAAAUCUGUAGCAUACUAGCAUGUGUAUUCACUUGUACUCUCCUCCAGUCCUUUUGAGGCUUAGGGCAAAUGAAACUGUGUAGUUUUUGUAACCAUGAAGUGAAAUUCUGAGUUUCCUUCUCAAAA